CCACGCCCACGGACACGCCUAUUUUAAUGGUUAUUGGGAAGCAGCCGGUUGAUGCUCUCAUUUUCUGUCUUACUCCUCUAUAUUCUCGCCCUGUUUGGCUCAAAUAUCUCUCCAGUGACAUUUGAUACUUACUAAAUUUGAAGCUCUAAGAUCCAAACCCUCCAUAUUGUUGAUAAAGACCACACGAGGCCUCUAAGGGCGAGUCUAAAGCCAAAGUCGAAGCUCUUCUCUCUUUAUUUCAAAAUCCAGCCAUGAGUUCUCCUAGCCCUGAUCUGGAGGAGCACAAUAUUGAGGAUGUUAUUGGUGGAUACUAUCUCUUCUUUCAGUCCCUGGCUGAGCUCAGGGAUCUAAUUGAUACAACCCCAGACAUUAGCUCUGCCUCCAAUUCACACAUACACAACCUCCUGGAUCAAUUAGAGGGACAGUACAAGGACAAUCAGGAGUGGAUAGUGACAAGGGAUGUACAGGAAAUAAGAAUGGGUGUGGUUGGAGCCGCUGACAGCUGCAAGACAACAUUAAUCUCAGCCUUUCAUGAAGGAGUAGUUGAACUUGGAGAAGAUGAACCAAACGGUCGGUAUAAGAUUAAACUAACUGUGGGUCGUAAGCAGUGCCUCCUCUUGAUAAGAGAAGAGUCAGAGAUGGUUUCCAGGCAGCUCAGCCAGUGGGUGGACAUUGUCAUGUUUGUCUUCAGCUACAGCAGUCCCACCAGUCUUGACAGAUUGCUGGACAUUAAUUCUAAAUUUAGACAUUAUCGCUCUGACAUGCAGCCUGAUCCACACAUACUUCUGGUUGGGGUUGUAGAUGAUUUUAUCACCAAGUCUGUAUCAGAGAUAGAGGUCAGGCGUAUUGCCAGUGAUAUUGAUAAUUGCAGGGUAUUCAAUACGACACUGGCCCAACCCUCAGCCGUUCACAACGUAUUCAUUGAUGCUUGCAGGUCAUACAUCCUCUCUCUUCCCUCGUAUAACAAUCCUUCUUCAUCACUUCCCUCCUCCUCUCUCUCUUCCGCUGUCCCUCCCUCUCCCUCGCACCUUCAGCCAAUUCAUUUCGUCAAUUCACCGGGCGGAGUCAAUCUCCAUGGCAACAAAACGGAGCCCGCCUCUUCUCCUAGCAUAACAAAGAAGACCAUUAAAAAGAAAGGAAAACACGAUCGGCCAGCAUUUGCAGUGACACCAGUUGGUACAGGCCGUACUAUUCCCAUCAAAGAAGGCCAGAUAUUCAAGAAGAGUGCUGGAAUGAGAUCAGACUGGAAAAAGAAGUAUUUAGUACUGACAACCUCAAGUUUAACAUAUUAUCCAAAUCAUUCUGAUUACAUGAACCAGGUUCAAGGUAAAGGAAAGUCGGUCCCACUCCAGCACAUCACAGUUAAGGUCCCUGGACAGCAUAUGCCAAUAUCUAAGACUAACAGUCUCCCUCAUUCUGCCACCUCAAGUGUUGAUCACAUAACCAACCAAUCAGAUCGGAGUGAAUCAAUAAGCCCGAUGACAGCCCACAUGCUGGAGUCCCAUCCUUUCAAUGGAGACCCUGUCCUAGUCACGCCCUCUUCUCCGUCCCUCCGCCCACGAGAUGGGCGGAGCCCGACAUCAGAGUGUGACUCUACCGAUACUCUUGACGAUCUCACGAGAUCCGAUCGUUACCCGUUUAGUCACAUAGGCGGGGCUGGAGGGGUGGGGCCAGGCAUGGCCAUACCGCGACACACUAGGAACAGCAGUAUGGAUGAGGUGACGCUCCAGCUACUCAAAACAAGCGGAGCCUCUUACCCUCCGCCCAUUUCUAACUCUCCCGGCCUCUCCCCAGAGGAUCACCAGCCGAGAGAGCGUUCAUCUACUUUGAACCGAAUCACUCGAAAGGAAAAGGGAAAGUGGACCAAGGGCACCAUGCUCUCGCCGAUAUCGUACAGCGAGGAAGAGUUAUCAGAGCCGUCUCGGUCGGGGAGCCACGAGAAUCUUAAAUUGGAGAAGAAAGGAAAGAAGGAUAACAAGAAUAGGAAUAGCUUUGUUCUUGUUGAGCGGACCGGGAGUGACAGUGUCCCGACUGGGAGAGAGGGAGAGAGUAAGAAAGACAAGAAGAUAACUUCAAAGCAUAAGAGGAACGCAAGUCAAGGUUUUGUAAAGACUAUCGAUGCAAUGGAGACUUCAUCAGCCGGUGGAGAUCCAGAUCCUACUACCGAGUUUUACAUUCACUCGCUGGACGGUAAGGUCUGGUAUUUUGAUGCUAGUACGCCAGAAGAAAUGUCUGACUGGGUAAAAGCCAUCGAAGGACAGAUAAAGAAGAUUCUUGAGGAAUCUUUGCUGCCAAAAAGAAAUAGCUCAAACGAAGAAGCAAAAGCUAAGAUAAUUGCAAUGCAAGGGAAUGACCUAUGUGCCGACUGUGGGGCACCAAAUCCGGAAUGGGCCUCCUUGAAUCACGGGUGUCUAGUCUGUAUAGCUUGCUCUGGCAUGCAUAGAAAGCUAGGGUCGCACAUAUCGAAAAUAAGAGCACUUCACUUGGACGAAUGGAAGCCUGAGGUGGUAUCUGUUAUGACAGCAAUUGGUAAUGAAGUCUCAUGGACAAUAUUUGAAGCACGACUUCCACGGAAUAAGCCAAGCACUUCAUCCUCUGUUGAGGAAAGGGAGAGAUUCAUAAAAGCAAAGUACCUCGAGAAGGAAUUCAUUGCAGAAUUGCCUCCAAGCUCACUUUCUCUUUCAGCACGUAUAUUGGUCUCUGUUAAGAAUGAUGAUCCUAUUGAAUGCCUAAGACUCUUAGCUCAUGCCAGUCCAUCUAACGUUAACGAGGCUCACUCAGAGCACAAUGGAGGAUCAGCUUUACAUGUUGCAUGUAAUCUUGGACGCGUAGUAAUAGUCCAACUGUUAGUGUGGAACUCUGCAGAUGUUAAUAUGCUAGACAGUCAAAAGCGGUCUCCAUUGUUCUAUGCAAGGAUAGCAGGUCACGAGGACUGUGCUCAGAUACUCAUACAGAAUAACUGCACUGAAGAUAUAGGGCCUCACCAGUCACCCCUCUCAUCAGAGUUUGGGGGCAGCUCUGAAGUUAUAAUGCACCACUCUCAGCAAUAGGCAUGUUCAUAAAUUGCAUACUCACUAUACAACAUGCAGUGAAUCAACUGCAUGUACAAUAGUCAGUGUGUAUGUGUACAUGUCCAGUGAAGCAGUUUCAUUAACAGUGUAAAUAUAAUAAGCUAAUAAUUAGCUCUCUUCUAUUCAUCGACUCUAUAUUAUUUCUCUCUUGUAUUUUCAUGUCAUUAUUAUUAUUAUUUAUGUUUUAAUUGUUGUUCCUCUUUUUUUGAAUUCAUUUUUCAUUGACUUCAUGUAAUAACAAUUUCUCUGCUCUCUCUGUCACUCUCAUUAGAUUUGAAUCAAAAUCUUUAUUUUCUUCUAACUCUGAA